AUGGUAAAGCGCAAAGCCGUAUCCAAGACGAGACUCAAGGCAACUCGUCGCAAGUCAGGACCGGCCUUCAAGGCCAAGACCGAAGGCAAACCUUCAGAGGUCCUGCUGAGUCAGUUGAUGGAAAAAUACCUCAUGGAUGAAGAAUCAGGUGCUUCGUUCACUGAUAUCCUGAGUGGACUCGGUAUGAACGAUCGUAACACCGGUUGGCGUAAAGCGUGGCAAGGUUUGAACGACGAUGGCCUCAUCGAACAAGUGGAGAAAAAGAGUGCUUUUUACACCGGCGAUUUUCGCUUGACUGAAAAAGGACGUGAUGAAGCGUCCACGGACGAACUGAAACAAGUCAUGAAGGCAGCGCAUGGAACCAAAACCAAGACCAACGAGGAUCUCCACAAGCGCAUCAAAGGCAAGCUCAUGAACCAGAGAGGCGAGCAGAUCUUUGACCUUCUUCUCAAGCAUGGAGCACUCAGUCGUAAGGAGCUGGCGAAGCAUCUAAAGAUCAGUGAUACUGGCGCCUACUUUAGCUACGCUUUGAAGCAGCUCAAAGAACUUGGGUACGCCGAGGACGUUCCUGGAGAAGGUGGCAAAGGGAAGAAGGUGAAAUUGACAAACGAAUCGUUUGUGGACCCUCCAGUCCAAGAAGAGGCCCAAUCCAAAGCCAAGAUGAAGCCUGAAGGAAGUCCCGAAGUAGCCAAAUCAUCCCCCGAUGAUGCCAAAAGCUGCAAAGGUGAAGUUUCUAUGAAGGCUAACUAG